UACCAUUUGAAUCGUACUCCAACGAGCUUUUUAAACUUUUCAUCCCCUGUGAAUGGGUGGUCCGUAAACUAUCCGUUACUUCAGCUAGUCUUAUCCUGUCCCACAUUUUGUUUUCUCAUGUAUAAGUUGUUUUUUUGGCGACACCCAACCAUGGCAAUCCGUAAAUGUUCAUUGAGUACACUAGUUGCUACCGAAUUGUCGCGCAUUCGUGAACGUGUUUUGCUCAUUCAGUCUGGAUCUGAUCUUCCACCGGCACCCGUACCAACUCCAUUCAAUGAUUUGUACUGUGUGCAUUGUGAUGUGUAUUUAUUGCAAUGGCAACCGAUCCUUGUGAAGCACUGUCGUCUAUGUGACCGCUGUCGACCGGCUGUGGAUCACCACUGUUUGUUCGUGAUGAAUUGUAUCACACGUGCUAAUCUACGCUACUUUUUUCUUCUUCUCCUAUGCUCGUUUUGUUUCAUGUUCUCCUUUUGUCUACUGGCUAUCUUUCUCCCGAUGAAAAUCUGUCCUCUCGUUUACAAUCAAUCCGACUCGAUCGCUUGGGUAUCGUGCUUGUAUGAGCGAUUUCCUCUCUCAACCAUUUUGAUCCCAUUCCACAUGAUUGCUGGUGUGUGGGUCCUCAUGCUUUUGAAUGAACAAUGCGCGCACAUUGAUAAAAGACCGGGGCACGCAGGACCACGAUGGAAACGGCGCUCGUUGUUUGGCGGUUUACGCUUCCCAUCUUUGCGCAACAAUCGGUUCGUAUUACUCAUAUCCAUGCCAUUGUAUCGUUUCAUUUUCAUUGUAUUAUCUUUGAGUACGUACUGCUGCUAA